CUUUCAACGAGCACGUCGUGUUUUUCGGAGCCACCGUCCACGAGGAUCGACUAAACGAACGGGGUCUCCUUAGUUGCUCGCUGAACGUCGACCAAAGAAACCGCGUGGUAGCCUUACUCGUAUACGCUGGCUUGCUUGUGGCUACGAUACGAUGCGACACAUCUCGGGAAAUAACGAAAAUGUGACGUGAGACUGACCGUGAGACAGCCUUGGCAAGAACGUGACACGUUUCCCAGUCGACCGUUCGGUGUGACAACUCACUCGCGCCCAAAAUGCCAGUGAGAAGGACCAAUUUCCACGCGUUCUCCGGUGCGCUUGUGUCGGUACUGUGCUGGAUCCUGGUGGCGCUUCGUGUCGGCGAGGUCAGCGGGCAAUUAUUGGACACGGAGUUCCAGCCGACGGUCACAGCGACAUGCAAAGGCGGCCACAUGACGAUACGGGUGAAUCUAAAUCAGAGUUUUGUAGGAGCUAUACACGCCAGAGAUUUUCGGACGCCGCAGUGCAUGGCGCCCGGAAAUGGCUCCACACACGCGACUCUCGCCAUUAAUCUCCUGGCGGCCAAAGGAUCUCCGGAUUACUGCGGCGUCUUGGUAAAUAACGACAACGAGGAACGUUCCAUCUCCAUCGUGGUGCGGAUACACAAGACCCUGGAGCUAGCUGACGAUAAAUUUUACGUUAUUACGUGCGGAAAAGCCGGAUUCAAAAAUGCGAAGAAUGAAACUUCGUUAGUAUCGUUGCGCCUUUUCGACGGAGGCCACAAAGUGCAAGAGGCUAUUUAUGGUCACAACUAUACUUUGCGUGCGGAGAUCUCGCGACCAGAUGGAAUGUACGGAAUUAAAGUGAAAUCGUGCUUCGCUUUCAACAAACGAAACAGCAGCGUCCAGCUGAUCGACGACAAAGGGUGUCCCGUAAAGGCUUGGGUCGUGACGAAAUUCAUGUACGAUCGGAACACGGGACUGGCGGAUGCGACAUUGUUCUCGAUGUUCCGGUUUCCUGACAGCCCGCAAGUGCAUUUUCAAUGCGACAUCGCUGUGUGCAGAGGAAGCUGCGGUAUCCCUAUUUGCGAAGGCGAUAACGAGGAAGAAAUAAAGGGAGCGUCUUUAAUUAAUGGCCAAAGCGUGAGCGGCGAGGAAGGAGUGCUUCUUGCCAGCACGAGCGUGUUCGUUCUUGACCCUGGUCAAACGCCAUCCGCGCAAAAUUUGUACGAGGACGGCACCAUUCACCCAUUAUGGCUGCUGUGGCUGGCCGUGGCUCUUGGUAUUCUGUUCCUCAUCAUGCUCAUUAUCAACAUAUUCCUCUGCUCCGCGAUGACCUGCAGUUGCACCAGGACCGAUAUCAUCGAGAAGGAACCAUCGAUCAUCGAAGAUUACGAUCCGUAUCGUAGCUGGCAUGGUUCUCAAUAUGGCUCGAGGUACUCCUUAAACGGGAAGCAAGGAUACGCUUCCGGAGGAUCGACGAUGAACUCCACGAGGUCGAUAUCGACGAACAGCGAUCACUACGCCAUAGUUCACUCCAGACCAGGAAGCAGAUACUCUGGACCCGGCCAGAAGCACCACCAUCAUCACAGAGGGCCACCGUCGAACAUCGGUUCCCAUUAUUCUGGAAAAUAAUACACCCCGGAUUAGCUACUUAACGAAAUGAUAGAACGAACAAUUACUUCCGUUUUAAUGUCCUGAUAUUCGCGUUUCAAGCUCUGUUUUAACAAUGCAAUCACUUGCAACGAGUACAUUCGGAUUCGUCGGAAUCGCCGCUCACACUGUUCGAAAACAAACUGUCGAUCAAUAACGAAAUAACGUACGAUACGAGUCGACCCUCGACUCGAAAACGCGCAACACGAGUAAGCUGCUAUGAUUGAUAGGGUGACACGGUAAAUGAUGGAUGUGCAACGAAAAUGGAAAAGAAUUUUAGCAGGACAGGAUGUAAAUGGAAUUUAUAAUGAAAAUGGAUGCUCGUAUCGUUUACUAAUUCAAUUGUUCAACUUGCGCUUCGAACGAUGUUGAGAAUCGAUCUUCGUGACUUGAUGUGUCCCUAAUAGUUACUACUAAUAUAUUACGUACACAGAAAGGUUAAACAAUUCCUGCCUUACAGAGUAUUUUUGUACUAAUGUUCAAGCAUCAAUAUAGUUGUCUUCUCCUUCUCUCAAUGAGACGGGACGCCUGUACCAGGGAUUUUGAAGAGCAUUGACGAUUAUAAUCGAUCGCAAAUUUUCUUGACACGCUGUCGAUCGUGUUUCAUACGCUGAAAUAUCGCAAUCGUUGAGCUCGUUUUUAGCGUCUUAGUCCAGGAGAAGGUUCUUCCGCUAGAUCGUAUAUGUAUCAUAUUUUAGUCAUAAAUUUAGGUACUUAGCAUUUAUAACGUUGCGCAACAUCGUACAUAAUUAAGAAGAAUCAAACGGUAACGCUUUUGUACAUAAAUUCAUUUGAUCGGGAAUCAUCCUUCGUGACCAGCGACACGCGCAUGCUCACGCGCUUGUAUCGUCAAAAUUAGCAUAGUUUUAUACCGUCCAGUUAGGUGUGUUAUCGUCACGAGCGAAAUUUAUUGUACAAAAAUUUGCGAAGCAGAGCGACAGUGACAGAGAAUUAAUCGGACAUUGACAUCGCUCGGUCGUUGAUAGGAUUAGUUACUCUAAUGGCUCAAUCAAACAUUCCAUGUCCAAUGAGUUACGAUUACAUGAUCCAUAAAUAUAUUACAAAUUUUGGAAAA